AGCGCGAUGUCUGGCAGAGGAAAGGGCGGCAAGGGGCUCGGGAAAGGAGGUGCUAAGCGGCACCGGAAAGUUCUUCGCGACAACAUCCAGGGAAUCACCAAGCCGGCUAUUCGCCGUCUGGCUCGCCGUGGCGGUGUGAAGCGCAUUUCCGGCCUGAUCUACAAAGAGACCUGCGGUGUGCUGAAAGUGUUCCUGGAGAACGUGAUCCGCGAUGCCGUCACUUACACGGAGCAUGCCAAGAGAAAGACCGUCACCGCUAUGGAUAUGGUGUACGCCCUGAAAUGCCAGGGACGCACUCUGUACGGCUUCGGCGGUUAA